GUGACGUAACAAUAUAUAUAUAUCCUCCUUCUUUCAUCAAGUAAUAACCCAGAAGAUCUUCAUCUGUAAAUGUAAUCCUCCCCCCAUAAUAGUUUCUUCAUAGUUUCAUCAAGCUAUGGAACUUGGGGUAACCAUGCAUUUCAAGUCCAAAGUUGCAAUUGCGUUCAUUCUUUUUGUGAUCACUCUCCCUCCCACUCCUUCCGGUUCCCCUCAUAACAUCUAUUUCGACUACCCAAAUAUCAGCUCGAACAACCGUGAAAUAGUUUAUCAAGGCGAUGCGUAUCCGAGCAACGGUUCCAUUGAAGUCACUGCUAAUCAGGUGGACCGCAAUCUCAAUUUCAGCAUCGGUCGUGCUGUUUACGGGAAGCCAAUGCACCUCUGGGACAAAGCCACUGGAAACACCGCGGACUUUGCCACCCAGUUUUCUUUUGCCAUCAAUUCUCAGAAUAAAUCAUUGUAUGCGGAUGGACUGGCUUUCUUCCUAGCGCCUAAUGGAUCGGAUUUACCAGAGAGAUCCGACGGAGGCUUACUAGGUCUUGUGAGUGCCCCUCAUCCAAAUGCCUCUUCUCCUGAUUACCCAUUUGUUGCGAUAGAGUUUGAUACUUACACCAAUGAUUGGGAUCCAAAUUACACGUCAAUUGAACAUAAUGUUCCUCAAACGCAUGUUGGUAUCGAUAUCAACUCGGUGAUAUCUGUGACUGACAUCUCAUGGCGGUGGAGUAAUAUACCACUAGGCAGACGACUUAAAGCAUCAGUUACAUACAAUUCAAGUUCACAUAACUUGAGCGUCGUCCUGACUGAUGGCACGAGUCCCACUGAUGAUACCAAUUCCACCAAGCUCUGGUACCGAGUUCAGCUGAAAGAUUGGUUACCGGAGUGGGUCACUUUUGGUUUCUCUGCCACCACCGGAGCCAUGUUUGAGUUGCAUACUAUAUACUCUUGGAAAUUUAGCUCUAACCUACAGGUGGCUGAUCAGACCGGAACCAAUGUAACAAAUCCAACACAGAGCCAGGCUGCCCUGCCAACACCUGGAGUCCCUCGAAUAUCGAGGAAGAGCAAGACAUGGAUAUGGGCCAUCGUAGGUGCAGGCACCUUUGUUAUUAUCAUCUUCUCAUUCCUCUGCAGGCCAAAGGAGAGAAAAAAUGAGGACCUCAGUGAAGAAGACGAUGGUGGUGCAGUGUCAAUCAAUGAGGAGUUUGAGAAGGUUGCAGGACCCAGGAAAUUUUCCUAUGAGGAACUGGUCCUAGCAACUGAUAAUUUCGCAGGGUAUCGGCAACUUGGAGAAGGGGGUUUUGGAAAGGUAUACGAGGGCUACCUGAGCGAGUUGAAGUCAAAUGUGGCUAUCAAGAAGGUCACUCCUGAUUCGGCUCAAGGGGAGAAGGAAUACAUCGCAGAAGUGAAGACCGUAAGCCAACUGAGACACAGGAGCUUGGUGCAGCUGGUGGGAUGGUGCCACCGGAAAAAGGAACUUCUCCUCAUCUAUGAGUUCAUGUCAAAUGGCAGUUUGGAUACCCAUUUGUUCAAGGGGAAGAGCUUGUUGACAUGGGGAGUUCGGUACAAGAUUGCUCAGGACAUGGCCUCCGCUUUACUGUACCUCCAUGAAGAAUGGGCCCAGUGUGUUGUCCACAGGGACAUAAAAUGCAGCAACAUCAUGCUCGAUUCAAGUUUCAAUGCAAAGUUGGGCGAUUUUGGGUUGGCCAGGCUUGUUGACCACGGGAAGGGGUCACAGACAACAAUCGUCGCAGGGACGAUGGGUUACAUGGCACCUGAAUAUCUAUACACAGGCAAGGCCAGUAAGGAAUCCGAUAUAUAUAGCUUUGGUGUUGUCGCACUGGAGAUAGCCUGUGGUAGAAAAGUUUUCGAGCCAAGAGCGGAAGAAGGGCGUCUUCGACUCAUUGACUGGGUCUGGGGGCUUUACGGGACUGGAAACCUAAUGGAAGCUGCAGACUCCAAGCUGGGCAAUGAGUUUGAUGUGAGGGAAAUGGAAUGCUUAAUGAUGGUCGGGCUGUGGUGUGCUCAUCCAGACUACACCUUCCGCCCUUCGAUGCAAGAGGUAUUGGGCGUGCUAAAGUUCGAUGCUUUACCACCAGUCCGUCCGUCAGAAAUGCCGACCCCAACUUAUUCCUACGCUUCAUUGAACAGCGGUGCAUCGCCACUAAAAUCAUCCUAUGGCAAUAAUGGCAGCGAUGGUGGGACUAAAUCUUCAACAUUCACGACAUCUUCCUGUACCAGUGCCACUUAUGCUUCCACUUCUUCUUCGUUGCUAUCGAAAACCAAAUAUCUGUCAUGUUCUUCUCCAUCUGUUGACAUAUUGGGGAAGGUUUUAUAAAAUAUAUUGUACUCAA